UUCGUAACCAUCAGUAGCCGAGACCUGGUGUAACAUGAAGGUGUCAACGAUACUACUAGUGUCUUUUGCGUCGUGGGUAGUGGCCCAUCCAGGUCUUCUGCACUCGGAAAAAGUCGACAACAAUUCGGAAGAAGAAAGAGCGGAGAAGCAAGAGAAGCUAAAUGUAUUAAUUGAAAAUUUAAUAUCAUUGAAAGAUAAAUUUACACCAUUGAAACUGUUUGAAAAUGGAAAGUUAGGGGAACCGGGGGCAUUUAAUAUAGCGCAGCAGAGUAUCGAGAAAUAUGGAAUUCCUACGUCACCGAUAGCGUUCUUACUUGGUAAGGACAAUUUCAUCAUUUCGACGAUUUUGAACGCGAUUGGAACAGCCAAACAAGUGAUUGGAGCAGCCAAAGAAGUGAUUGAAACGAUCAAAAGCAAUAUUAAGAAAGUGGUAAAGUUGCCUUUCCUCGUGCGUGAAGAAAAGACAUCAGGAGCCAGUCUGGGCUUCGAGAAAACUGAUUUUGCUCAGUUGAAAGAGCAUGAAUCAAGUGAUAAAGACGAUUCUCGACUAUCGACAGGAAUUGAAGGAAUCGAUAUGAACGAGGUGAAAGAAGGUUACAGCAAUGGUUAUCGGAAAUCAACAGAAGGUGACGCAAAAGAAAUUGUCAGCGAAAAACACGUUAUUCACUCUGCUGAUUCUCCGGUAUCGUCGAAAGGGAAUGCAAAAACAGAUAUCAGCGAGAGGAAACACUUGGAAGGGUCUCAGAUAUCAACGAAACUGGAAGAAAAAUCAGCUAGCACAAAAAAGCAGAGUCAUUCGGUCGAAAAAGCUGAGAAAAAGUCGUUAACUAGCGCGAAAGAAGAGACUUCUCAAGGUCCGAUGAAUGUUAUGGAAAAAGUAGCUGUCGACGAGAAAAAAGACAAUUCGAAGAAGAGUAGAAGAAGCGUAGUAGCAUAUUGA